AUGACUACACAGGCGGCCCUGAUUGCAGAUACGAUCAUUGGGCUGAAAAAGGCCCUGCGACGGGAAAAUGAUCACUCAGGUCCAGACGAACCCAUCACCCAACCGACGAACCGGGGUAACAAACUGAGAGCGAAUGCGAAAUAUGUACACGAAGGUGUACUAGGUUACACGAAUCCGCAGGAACUUUACAAAGAGAAAAUCGAGCAUGCCGGCUACACACGUUACAUUCUACGUCGAAACCCACCUCGAUAUGAUUCUGAAGGAGACGAACUUGAAGAGGAUGAUGAAGACUCUGAAGCCGAUGCUGCUGCUGCAGAGGAGAAUCCCUUUUCGGAAGUUGCCAUCGAACAAAUCCUCUGCCCUCUCAAACACCCGUCCGAAUUACCUAAUCAUCCUGCAAUGUCCCAGCCGUAUAAAUCCAAAGCCCUCAGGACCAUGACGCAAGCCAUUGAGGAGAAGCUUCGGAAGGAACGAGCGCUUUUAUGGCGUGCGAGAAAUUUACAUCGGCAAUUUCUAGGUGAUGCGGUCUGGAUGCCCUGCGGAAAGGUCGAAACACCGGAGGAUCGGUUUAUUUUCGAACCAAGGCCCACAAAUGAGGGAUCCGGAUUGGGUAUAAACGGGCUCACUCAAAGUGAGCAGGUUUUGCCUUCGGGCGACAGCGCCUCCAAGAACACCAAAGCCGCUGUCCACGAAAUGGUUCAAGGUGGAGCUUCUCGGAAGAACUCUAUAGCGCCGCAGACUGAAGAUCAGGGCCACCCGAGUUCAGGUGGUGACAUUGAAAUGACCGAUGCCCCUAAUCCUGAAACGGAGCUUAGUCAAGAUACAAAGAAGCCGAAAACUGAAGAUGACGAUGCCGUGGUCGCAGAUCUUCCGCAGCACACUGAAAGUGGUGAUUCCGAGAUGAAAUCGAACGGGGCCGGCCUCUCAGAUACAAAAACCAACAAACUCCAACCUGUCGGUGGUCUUCGGGGUGAAGUUGAAGCACCUGACGGCAAUGGGGAAGUUUCCCAGGAAGAGCCUUCUGACGCAACAGUCGACGUUGAGAUGCGGAAUACCGAGCAACCUGACGAAGGGCAAGAUACCGAGGAGACCCCUGAUGGCUCUUCUCCUGAACCGCUUAGACGUAUGACCACGAGAGCGCAGGCUAAUGCAUCGACGACGACUGAGGAAAAUGGCGUCGCAAAUCAACGACCCUCACCUGCUGAAACCAUGGACAAAAUCCCAUCUGCACAUCCUAUCUUUCUCGUGCCUGACAAUAUCCGACCUGAUAGGGACUUUGGCCUCCCCCGAACGAAGCAGAAGAAACAAGGCGCUUGCUUUGGUCAUUCAUACAAAAGCAGGACGAAACUGUGCGAGGGUUCGAGUACAUGCUGGAGUCGCUGCUCCGAGCAUGUCGGAUGA